AAUGAAACUAAAAUAAUAACAACGUUGGCCAGCUGUUUAACGAUUAGCGGAUUACAGUGGAGUUAUCAGGAGUGGUUAAACUGAUAAGGUUAUUAUGCAAUAUCUGAUAAAACCACAAGCGUUUAUGUGACAUAUUUGUUGUGCUUGAAAGUCUUGUUAAAAAAAAAAUAACCAUGCAGUUAGAUAUGGAGCACCAAGCAGAAGUCACAAAAAAGCCCUCAGGGGGCUGGAAAGUAUGGAGGAUAAUUAAUUUGUUGUUGGGAGUUUUCUUUAUGUUAGCUGCUCUUGUCAAUUUAAAUGAUUCCGACUGGUACCUAUGGAUGCCAGUCUAUGGAGUUUCUGCUGCAUUGUGUCUGCCUUUGGUAUUGAAACCACAGUGGUCAGUAAGUAAAGUAUGGAACACAGUGGUGACCAUUCACUUCACAAUGUGCCUGGCCUAUGCUGUCUAUCAGGUUGUACUGUUGUUUGAGGCCAUCAAAGGGGAACUGAAGAACCCACUUGAACAGGAGGAAGGCAGAGAAAUGGGCGGACUGUUGAUCAUCAUUGCUUGGACAUCGAUUGCCAGGUUUACAACAGUUGGAAGACCAGUUCAUGCCAGCAACAAACAAAUGAUGAAUGCCCUGCUCCUGAUCACUGUGACCUUGACCUUCAUUCCACUUCUGACCUGGUCCCUCUGUUAUGUGGGUGACUGGCACACCAGGCUAGGCCACUGCAAAGGAAUGUUUUGAUGUUUUGUUACUGCCAAGCAGACAUCCUUAUUUCUAUUUUGUUGUUAUUAUAUACGUGUAAUGCAUUGUGGAUCAUAUGUUUGGUUAUAUGCAUUAUUUAGUUUGCCUCAGGUCUCAUUUCAAUUGGUCUCAAUGGUGCUAAACCACCUUUCUUGUAUGUUUAUGAAUUUUCAAAACAAAUGAGGAACUUUAAGUUUACUGUAUGAGAUAUAUGUGUACAAACAGAUUAGGAAGAAAAACCCAAUUGUAAUGUAUUAUGCGUGUUCUCUCUAAAAAUCUGCAUUGUAAAUUGGAGUUUGAUAGUUUGCUAAUGUGACCAUAAGCUAAACAGUGUGUGAAAUCCAGAAACUAAUCCAGUACUAAUGCAUGUACUACAGCAACUAUAUAUUUACUUCCUGCCAUGUGAUUUAAUCAUUAUCCACAUGUUUAUGUGCCAUUCAAAAUCACACCAUGCUUUGUGUAUUGUACAAUCCCAAUUUUUUGCUGAGUUUAUACUCUUUACAUUCAAAAUAAAUUGAUUUAAUGAUAA